AUGUUUAGACUCCAACGCCGCCAAACCCUUGGGAGGGUAUUCGAGAGGCGAACCAAACAGGAGCGGCUUGCAUCGCAACUGCGCAUUUUCCUAGAGACCCUGAGCCUAGAGAGGAGAACGAAGACUGUUUGUACAUCAACGUGUACACCCCAGCCCACAAGAUCGCAGAAAAGUUGCCGGUACUCUUUCGAUACGGAAAUUUUGGGAAACGCCGGUUUGAAAGAUCAGCUGUUUGCCUUGAAUUGGACCAAAGGAAAUAUCGGAUCCUUUGGUGGAGACCCAGACAAAAUUACCAUAUUUGGGCAAAGCGCAGGUGGAGGAUCUGUCGGUUUUCACCUUACGAAUAAAAAAUCCGCAGGUGCUGGAAAGGUAGCCCACGCAGACGAAUUAGCUUAUCUCUUCAAGAUAUCUACAUUUCCUAUAACUACCGACGCCGAUUUAUUGACGAGACAAAGGAUGGUACGCCUCUGGGCUAACUUUGCCAAAACACUCAAUCCCACCCCUGAUCAAUCAGACCCGAUAUUGAACAUCACGUGGCCCCAAGUGAAUCCAAACGACAUCCGCUAUCUCGAUAUCGACACAGGUUUGACAGUAAAACCAAAUAGGAAAGUUAAAGAGUACGCUAUGUGGAACCGCGUCUUCUAUAAAUAUGGAACCCAGCCUUUUACAGGUUUUUGAUGAAGUUUUUAAAUGUUGAAUAAAAUUCCUUUGAGUUUUAUUGA